AUGGGGCCUUUCAGUUACCUUGAUGAUGUGCCAUUUAAGAUAGGAGACAAAUUCAAAACCCCAGCGAAGGUUGGAUUACCCAUUGGUUUCUGCCUACCUGAUUCUUCUCAGCUUGUCAGAGAAGCCCAGUAUGACUUCUCACUGGAAAAGAAAACAAUUGAGUGGGCUGAAGAUAUCAAAAAAAUUCAAGCUGCCCAGAGAGAAGCUGAACGUAAGGCAGAAGUGCUAGCGAACUCAAAAGCAGCUCCAGAGGACAGCAACAAAAUGGGGUUCUCGGAGGGACCUUGCCCUGAGGGCAUGCCUCCUCCUAUUAACCCCAUCCUUGCUAGCCUGCAGCACAAUAAUAUUCUUACUCCCAUGCCAGCCAACAGCAGUGCUAUGAAGCAAAAGGCUCUCAGUCCACCUCGUCCAAAAGCAGAUUUCAACCCAGCUGAUUUUGAAUGUGAAGAAGACCCAUUUGACAAACUGGAAUUAAAAACUAUUGAUGAUAAGGAGGAAUUAAAAAAUAUUCUUGAAAUUCAUGUUGGUACUACUGGGCCAAUUGUUGCCCAGCUGUUAGAUAAUACUUUGCCCAAAGGAGGGUCUGAGUCCAUGUUGCAAGACGAUGAAGUUCUGGCAUCCAUAGGAAGGGCCACAUUGGACUUCAAGCCCCUUCACAAACCCAAUGGCUUUAUCACUUUACCGCAGUUGGGAAACUGUGAAAAGAUGUCCUUGUCUUCCAAAGUGUCCCUGUCCCCUAUCACUUCAGUGAGCAAUAUCAAAUCCCUGUCCUUUCCUAAACUUGACUCUGAUGAGAGCGAUCAAAAAUCAUCAAAGCUUACAAGCACUUUCCACAGCACUACCUGUCUCCGCAAUGGCACUUUGCUCAGCUCUUUGCAGACCUGUGCUCAGAGUAAAGCUAGUGAACUGAAUGGACACCAUAUGGUUGGUCUUGCCACUCUAAAUGAGGACAGUGGCAUGGAGACAUCAACAUUAUCCUCUUCAUCCAGGCUGCCUUCCCUGGCUGUGUCGACAGAAGAAGAAUCGUCUCAAAGCACAGCGACUACGGUACACCCAGACUACAAGGAAACAGAAAUCCCUGUGGUAACACACCAAAAUUUCCCAGUGUCUAAAGUGCCCAAUACCACCAGCUGCGCAAAGUGGUUUGGUGGCCCUGCUCCUGAGCUACAGCAGGCCCUCUCCGCUAGCGAGAGGCAGUGCAUAGAGACAGUUGUCAACAUGGGGUACUCACCUGAGGAUGUCCUGAAAGCCAUGAAGAAGAAGGGACAGAACAUAGACCAGGUUCUGGAUUACCUGUUUGCACAUGGACAGCUUUGUGAGAAGGGCUUUGAUCCGCUUCUUGUUGAAGCAGCUUUGGAAAUGCACCAGUGUUCAGAGGAGAAGAUCACAGAACUUCUCCAACUAAUGAGUCAAUUUAAAGAAAUGGGCUUUGAACUAAAAGACAUUAAGGAGGUCUUAUUAUUACAUAACAAUGACCAACACAAUGCUUUGGAAGAUCUAAUGGCCCGUGCAGGAGCCAGCUGAAAACACAUUCCUGGAUUCUCGGCGUGCAACGGAGCAGGACCAGCCCCGCCACCUUCACAUCCAGUGUGACUUGCUCUCGGCAGGAAGGAGUCUGGCUUUUUGCAUACAUGGGAGGGUGACUGAGCAAACCUGCCCACAUGCAUCACUCCAGUGUUUCUCUUUCCACUGAGAGCCAACUAUCUUUCUUAAAUUAAAUUUUUAAAGUGUCCUUUCCUAAGUUUCCUUUUUCCAGCUUGGCCACGGAGAGCUCAGACUGCCCAACCUCUACUGGAAUUGUACAUAGGUAGAGAUGGGAGUGGU